AUUAAUUUGAGUUAUUGUACUUGAUAAAAUGGAGCUCCUCUAAUCAAGAAAGUAUGCUCAUGCAUCAUACUGACUCAACUAGAGAGAAAGAGAGAGAGAGAGCUGUAAGAGAAAAGGUAACAAGCAGACUUCUGUAGAAGAACAGGCCUCAAGCCCACAACAACUACUGCGGAAUUGAAGUUCUUUGUUCAGAAAGUCAGAGAGUGCACCCUUUCCCUGAUAUAUAUAAACAUAAUACAGCCUUUUUUCACCAUGACAAGUUCAGUAAUGGAAGCUCUACUGUUAUUCGUAGUGUUAGUGUUUACCAUGACUGGGGGUUCAGAUGGUGCAUGGUGUGUAUGCAGGCAAGAUAUGAGCGAUUCAACCUUGCAGAAAACAAUAGACUAUGCAUGUGGAGCUGGUGCUGACUGCAGCCCUAUAAACCAGAAUGGAGUUUGUUAUAAUCCCAAUACUGUGAAAUUUCACUGUUCUUAUGCUGUCAAUAGCUAUUAUCAGAGAAAAGGGCAAAAUCCACAGGCUUGUGGCUUUGCAGGCACUGCUGCUCUCACUCAACAAGAUCCAAGUUCAAAUGGCUGCACUUACCCUGCAGCAUCCAGUGCUGCUGGCACAAGCACUGGCAACAACAAUGGAGCUGGAAUGGGAACAGGCAAUGGUACAAGCCCAGUUACCGGUUCUGGCGCCGGAGCCGGUGCCGGCAAUGGAGCCUUUCCAACACCUGUUGGCACCAACCCAGUUUCGACUACUCCAAGCACAACGACCCCAACAACAAGUUCUGGAACUGGAGGAGUAAUGGGCGGGCUAGGCCCUUCUGGAAAUGUUAUAUCUACUGAUAAUAACAGCCGCAGAUUGAUUCCAAUAGCAGAUUUUGGUUCUCUUCUUAAUCUCAUCCUCUCUGUGUUGGUUUUGUUCAGAGCUUGACUUUUUUGGUUAAGAUAGAUAAUGGGCUUAGGAUUUCGCCCCGAGACUAUCAUGUUGUUGUGAUCUUACUAAUGUUAAUUAUUAAAGAGGGAGGAUUUUACUAUUACAGAUC